CCUGGGCUGGCCAGGAGGCUGUGUAGACCGAUGAUGAUGAUGAUGAUGAUGAUGAUGAUGAUGAUGAUGCCCGCAUCCUACUAUCGAAUCUAGACCCUCAGUCUCACCUGAAGCUGUUCUUCAUAGUAUGCUGCCAGAUCUAUAAAAACCCCUCCAACCCACGCCAAACUGAAACAACCACAUCCGAACAGAUAUCAGCACACAAUUCCACAACACAUAUACACUCCACUCCUACCCCAGCACAAGCCACUUUCUUCUUUGCAUCAUGAAAUCCCCAAUCUCCGCCAUCGUCCUCCUCCCGCUCGCCCUGAACGCCGCAACCGCCGCCCCGGCGGAAGACAGCAGCAGCAGCCUCACGGCCCGCGGCAGUGGUGGAGGCAAGGACCCCAACCCCUGCCAGGUCCGCGUGUCCUACCCCUACUACAAGUUCCCUUGCGCGUCGAGCCCGGAGAACGGCACGUCCAUUCUCGGGGCGACGUUUACUUCGUUCUGUUACUAUGAGAACGGCGAGGAGUCCGGCAAGUGGUUCAAGACGCCCCGGGGAUGGGUUAAGGAUGAGGAUAAGCCCAGGCGGUGCGAUGGAUCGACGGUUGAGUGCGUGAUCUAGGGC